AGAUAUAAUAAACUGAAUGACAGGAUGAUCUUAGAAAUGGAAUUUUCAUGAUGAUGUUUACAUCAUAGGCAGUUCUAUGUUCCAAUCAUUGAACUGGCUGGACGAUGAGGAUGUGCAAUUCGAAAAGACAUGUACAAAAGGACUAUUGACCACAGAAGAGAUAGAAGAUCUCAGAUUCAGUGAAUCACUUUCACAACUUGAAAGAGCAACAAUUAUUCUCAGCGAUGGCCAACAGUCACAGAAGAUUAGUCUUGCAAACAGCUUACCAUCUCUCAUGGUUUCUGAGCCGUCCACUUUUUCAGAGAUUCUACCUCAAUUUGUGGAUAUGACAAAUUCGGCACCAACAGAGCUGUUGACCAUCUGUGGCCAGUGUGUUACAAAGCUCAUACUAAGUGGAAGACUGACAUCACACCAAAUAUCUUCCUGUAUAGUUCCACUGUUAUGGAAUCAUAUAAAUUGUAAAGAAGUGACUGCUCACAAAUCAUGGAUAAAUGCUCUCGUGACUUUUAUUCUGAAAGUUCCUAAAGAGACUCUUCUUCAGAGUGAUGUUAUAAAACUUGCCCUUGAAAAAGGUAAUUUAGCACAAAAGACGUCCUCGCGUAUCGCUUGUGCUGAAAUUAUAACGACUCUUUGCAAAAGGCUAUCUCAGGUAGAAGCGGAAAUAUUUCCAGCCAUCCGAAUGCUCUGCCAGGAUAUCGACUAUGAUGUACGCAGUGCCAUGUGUAGCAGCCUCGUCGACAUUUCUCAGUCAAUCGGUGAACUAGGUACAGUAAAGUUACUGAUACCUGAGAUUAACGAACUCCUUCAAGACGAGGAAGUCCAAGUAAGGAACACCGCCAUCACAGUCCUCAUCGACAUCUGUCCUCAUCUCUCCAAAGAUAUCAUCAGUCAGAUGCUAUCUCCGACCAUAUGGCCUUAUCUAGACAUUGUUAUCUGCGAGAAGCCCUCUUUCACUCUUGUAACUGUUGCAAAAAUCUUUGGGAGAUUGGGAGUUCAUCUAGCCGAUGUGAUGGACGAACAACGAAAGGAAUGGUAUGUGAGGUACUUUUUAAAGCUAUGUAAACCAUGCCACAUCCUCAAUGGAACAGUCGAGAACGGUGUAGCCGAGUCUGCAGUCGUCGAUAUAAGCCUGGACAGCAUCGAGAAGAAAGAAUCGGACGUUAGAGAGAGCAUUGCUUUUCUCUGCGCUUACAACUUUCCAGCGAUCUGCCUAAAUGUGGGGAGUCGGCUGGUGCUGGAGACAGGAUUGCUGGAUACCAUCGCCUCCCUCGCCUCACACCACCAUUAUUCUGUUAGACGUGUACUGGCUGCUGGGAUACAUGAGAUAUCAAAGAUACUGGGUAACGACAGCCGGCUCCUACUCCCAACAUACCAAACCCUCUUAGAAGAUUCCAAUACAGAAGUUCUCAUAGCUUUAAUACCUAAUCUGGCUUCAGCUCUCAGAUCUUUUGUUUCCCCUCCCCUAAAGGGACAGUCACCCACGAUAGGAUUACCGGACCUGAUCCCUGCACUCCAGACCCAGGAAGACCAAAUCAGCAAAACGCGGGAAUGGCGCGCAUACACCUCCCUAAUUGAGGCCUGGUCAGAGUUCACUACUAUUCUUACUCCUGAGCAGAUUCACCAGAAGUUCGCUCCUCGGCUAGUCAAACUUAUUUCUACUAACGCGAUGCUGCCAGUCAAAAGGGCGGUGCUCAAGACCCUAGUUAAGUUUCUACACACGUGCAAGUACGCGCAGCAGCGGCACGAGCUCGCCGUGCAGAUCGUCAAAGGUUUAUCACGUGGUAAGAAGUUCAACCAGCGUCUCAUGUUUGUUGAGCUCUGCUACCUAGUACUGGACAAGUUUUCUAAGAAAUUCUUCAAGGAGUACUGUUUCACCCCUGCUCUUCUCCUCAUAAACGACCCAACACCAAUAGUACGGAUUAAAAGCAGCACCCUGUUACCCCACCUAAAGUCACAGCUAAAGAUGCCGUCAGAUCGACCCUUGUUGCAGCAGUUGGAGGCCAGUUCCAGGCGGAGUUUGAUGAGUGAACGGAAUAAGGAUGUUUUAUCGCACAUUCAGAGGGCAGUUAUUGAGUUGGAUCAAGGCGACGUAAAGCUAGAUUCGGAGCCAGACCCAGAUGAUCGGAAACGAGAUGAAGAACAGAACAUGUUUAUCGUCAGAGAAGAAAGACAUGAUCAUCAUGUGAAAGGAAGAACAAGUUUGCCCGAGAUCGGAUCACUUGAUAUCAAUAGGAAACCCAGGAAGAGCUCGCUCACUUCCCUCUCAGAUACAAGUGAUAACCACAGCGGCCCGACUGGUCGAGCACGGAGGAAGAUGUCUCAUGCAGUCAUGUCACUUUCCUCCCGACGAACUUCUAAUACUGGCUCACAAUCAGCCACUACUCGUCGAGCCUCCAUGCCCGGACCUCAACUGGUGGAUGUGGCUAACAAAGCAAGGAAAAGCAGCUCAGUGAAGUUAAAAUCGGUGCACAAAUGAGCUGGGAAUACCUUCACAAAACUUCCUGUUAGACCCACGAAGUUUUGUGAAUAGAAUCCUCACGUGGAAAUUUAAAGACUGUCGACUGUAAGGAAUAACUGUAAGGAGUAACUGUAAGGAGUAACAUGGGCACGUUCAACAUACAGAACUACAGGAUACCAAACAAAUCUAAAGGACUACAGGAUACCAACCUUACACUUUCCCAGAGCUUUGAUGUGCUUCAUACAAUAGUGAAACGGACUGUGGAAACGAACGAAAAUAGCAGAUUUCUUACGAUGCUUUUAUCAUCAUGUCAAAUUCGGCUUGGCUACUCUGUUUUAUGUAGAUAUGAUAUCAGGUUAAGCUAUCGUAAUACUUAUUCGAUACGUUAUCUGUUAUCGACGUUAAUAAACAUGAAAAUUUAAAGCUGUACCGAGUUGAAACAGUUAACAACAGUAACAAUAGCACAACAGAUGAUUUAGAAUAUGCGAAUGUAGUUGAUAAUGAUUGUAUAAUUGAAUUAUGGCUUUUAGUUAGCAAUAGUUGCAAUUAUUGUAAUUUCCAAUUCAAUUGUUGCUGAUUUAAUUUCACUUAAUUGUACUUUUUCUUAUGAAAAUACACCUUAAUAUCAAUAUGAUGUAUGCAGACGAUUAAGUAAUAGGAAUUUAGCUCUCGAUCCGAUUGCACUGUCCAUUUUGAACUUAAAUGGUUGAAUUAAUUUAUGUUUUAACAUUCGAUCUCCAA